AAUUUGGAGAAAGUCAUCAGAAAAAGAAACGAAACCACUUUUUUCUGCCCUUCUCGUGUGGUGUUUGCGUGGACGAUUGCCAAGAAACUCGGUGUCUCGUCGGUUUGCUGCACAGCAAAAAAAGCUCGCCAUCCAGUUGUCCCCGGGGCUGUACCGGGAUACGCGGUUUAGCGGAGCGGAUUGUACGGUGUGCCCGUCGUUGAAAUCGCUUCACACGACCAGAAGUGGUUCUCUCGGUCAUCAUCACCACCAUCAUCAUCGUCGUCGUCGUCAUCCGGUCAUCUCGCAUCUGGUGUUGACCAGAGUUCAGUGUAAUCGUGUUAGUAACCCACACACCGGCCUACUUAGAAUCGGGCUACUGAAGCAAAACAAACCAUCCCCCCUCCCCCCCAUUCAUGUCUUGAGCAUCUUGGCCGGGUAAGACACCUUCGGUUCGUUUCGGUUUAUCAUUUCGCUCCGGAAUCACUCACUUCCGGUGUGGCAGAAGAGUGUCCAGAAAGUGUUACUGUGUUGCUACCCGUAUCAUAGUGCCUCCGUUUCCUGCGUUUGUAUUAUUUAUAUCCCUACUGUGUAUCUGUGUGUGUGUGAGUGAAAGUGAGCAAAAGAAAUAACGGAGUGGAGCAAAAAAAAAAAAUCCCUCGGUAUCCUACCGGCUGCCCUCGAUCUGCUGGCCUUCCCUCGCAAGGCUGGCCAGAGCCGCGAAAAGACGCCGUUCAGUGCAAAACCCACCGGGCAUUAAUCAUCGUGUGGAAAGCUAGAGUCGGCUGCUGUAGGGCCCAAGUGCCAGGAUGAAUGCCUCCGAUCAUGGGUUCAAUCCAGCGUUUAACAUGGCCACCAUACGACAAGCCAUCAACGAAACGAUAGAACGAGUACGGAUCCCAACGCCAACCCGCCUGCGAGAUCUCAUCCGACAGAUCCGUGCCGCCCGGACGGCGGCCGAAGAGCGUGCCGUGGUGAACCGCGAGUGCGCCUACAUCCGCAGCACAUUCCGCGAGGAGGAUUCGGUGUGGCGAUGUCGCAACAUUGCCAAGCUGCUGUACAUACACAUGCUCGGCUAUCCGGCCCAUUUCGGGCAGCUCGAGUGCCUGAAGCUGACGGCCAGCCCGCGCUUCACCGACAAGCGUAUCGGUUAUCUCGGUGCGAUGUUGCUGCUGGACGAACGGCAGGACGUGCAUCUGCUGAUUACCAACUGUCUCAAGAAUGACCUCAACAGUCCGACACAGUUCGUCGUGGGGCUGGCACUCUGUACGCUCGGUGCGAUCGCCUCGCCGGAAAUGGCCCGCGACUUGGCGGGCGAGGUGGAAAAGCUGAUGCGCUCCCCGAACGCGUACAUCCGGAAAAAGGCUGCCCUGUGUGCGUUCCGGAUCAUCAAGCGGGUGCCGGAGUUGAUGGAAAUUUUCCUGCCGGCCACACGGUCGCUGCUGAACGAGAAAAAUCACGGUAUUCUCAUCGCGGGCGUUACCCUCAUUACGGAGAUGUGCGAGAAGAGUUCCGACACGUUGAAUCACUUUAAAAAGAUUGUGCCGAAUCUGGUACGAAUCCUGAAAAAUCUGAUCCUGGCCGGAUACUCACCGGAGCAUGACGUGAGUGGCGUUAGUGAUCCAUUCCUGCAGGUAAAAAUCCUUCGUCUGCUAAGAAUUCUGGGCCACAACGAUCCGGAUGCGUCGGAAGCGAUGAACGACAUACUGGCGCAGGUGGCAACCAACACGGAGACGAGCAAAAACGUUGGCAACACCAUCCUGUACGAGACGGUGCUUUCCAUCAUGGAUAUCAAAUCCGAAGGUGGCCUUCGUGUGCUGGCCGUUAACAUUCUCGGCCGGUUUUUGCUAAACAGCGACAAAAACAUUCGCUACGUUGCGCUCAACACACUGCUGCGGACGGUGCACGCCGACAUCUCGGCUGUGCAGCGUCACCGAAGCACGAUACUGGAGUGUCUCAAGGAUCCGGACGUUUCGAUUCGGAGGCGCGCGAUGGAGCUAUCGUUUGCGCUUAUCAAUUCCCAGAACAUACGGGCCAUGUCGAAGGAGCUGCUCGUGUUUCUCGAGAAAGCGGACCCCGAGUUUAAGGCACAGUGCAGCAGCCGUAUGGUGCAUGUGGCGGAACGGUACGCGACCUCGAUCCGCUGGCGGCUGGAUACGCUACUAAGCGUACUGAUAGCGGCUGGCAACUACGUUCGCGAUGAUGUGGUAUCGUCAACGAUCCACCUAAUUCUCAACAGUCCACCGGAGGAGCAAGCGUACAUUGGGCUGCGACUGUGGAGCUCGGUGCAUAAUGUGGCCAAUUCGGAGGAGAAGCAACCGCUGCUGCAGGUGGCUGUAUGGACGAUCGGAGAGUACGGCGAUCUGUUGCUCAGCUCCGAACGGAUCGAAGAUGUUGAACUUCCUGCAGAGCAUCAGCUGGUCGACAUCUAUCAGCGGCUGCUCUGGUCUACCUCGGUUUCGACGACGACGAAACAGUACGCGCUGGUAUCGCUGGCCAAGCUAAGCACCCGUAUCCGAACGAAGGAAGAGGAAACGCGCGUGAAACAGAUGAUCGAAGCGUUCGGCUCGCAUCUGAACAUCGAUCUGCAGCAGCGAGGCGUCGAAUUUGCUCAGCUCUUCCGUGAUUACAGCCAUCUGCGGCCGGCGCUGCUAGAGAAAAUGCCCAAAAUACAGAAAACGCUGCCGAACGGUACGGAUGUGGACGGUGGUGGCGCCUUUGACGAUCAGCAGCCCAGCAUCGAUCUCAUCGAGGGUGGCGAUGAUGGUGACGCGUCGCUGAUGAUUAACACGUCCGGUGGCAGCAUGGUUGGCAAGCUAGGGUCCGAUUCGCGAGCACUACUCGAUCUACUGGGCGGAGGAGACGAUCCGAUCGAUGGGCUUGGGCUGGUGCCGACCGCCGACGUACUGAUCACCGGUAGCACAACCGCCACCACCAACGGCAAACCGGUUGUACCCACCAGCACCACCACCACCACCACCACCACCACCGGCAACAAUCAGGAUCUGCUCGAUCUGCUCGGCAGUCUCGAUAUGCCGGCGAGCACACCGCCGGCCGCCGUGAAUUCGUCGCUCGGUGCCACCAGCCCGCUCGGCGGCAUCGGGCUCGAUCUGAACAGUCUGAACGACAAUAGCAUUAAGAAUGGUACCGGCGGUCCACCGAACCUGCUCGCCAACUCUUCUUCCUCCUUCGGUGGGCUCGAUAAUCUGCUAAAUUCCAAUCCAAUCUCGCCAACGAUGCCACCGGUGCUGCCGGGGCUGGGAUCACCGCUGGCUGGGUUGGGUGGUAGCCUUACCAGCCCGACGUCGCCUACAGCGCUCGUGUGCAGCAGCACCACGAACGGAAGCGCCAGUCUGUUCAGUGACUUCUCCGCGGCAGCUAUUAACAAUAAUGAUGAACAUGCCAAGCUACUGACGGCGUUGGAUAAGAAUGGAAUCCUUGUGCAGCUGUCCGCGAAGCAUACCGGCGGUGCAUUACAGAUCCUUAUGACGGCGACCAACAAUUCACUCACCACCCUCGAGCAGUAUCUAUUCCAGGCGGCCGUUCCGAGAAGUUUCUCCCUGCAGAUGCUUUCCCCAUCCGGCUCCACGUUACCGCCCGGUGGAACGAUAACGCAGGAGAUGCGCGUUACUAGCACAGCUAAGGCCACGCUCAGGAUGCGGCUACGAAUAUCGUACCAAUCGGACGGCAGCCCGGUACAGGAGCAGACCGAAGUGUCCGGCUUCCCGGAGGAACCUACCGAAUGAGACCUAAACGUGCACCGGGCGACGGUAUCCCUCACCCACCCCAUCCGGCACCAGCAGCACACAGCACCGCUACUGUUAUUGUCCGCGGGCGUUUAAGCAAACAGGCAAACGGGCAAAGUAUUCUCUCUCUCUCUCUCUCUCCCGCUCUUUUUUGCAGUAAAACCGUACCGAAAACCGACCACCAACUCCCCUACCUAGGUGUGGAGUUUUAUGUGUGUGUGUGUGUGUGUGUGUGUGCGUGAGCGCAUCUUUCACAAUUCAAGAGCAUAAUUUAUGUUACUGUGUUACUGUGCGAUGCAUAUGUUCCGCGCUAGAAUGAAUUGUAUAGAAUUGUAAUAGCUUUACACAGGGUUGGGAGGGAAGCGCCCUCACUUCCAUCCAUCCAUCAAAGCUUUUAGGUUUUUUUUUUUUGAAAUAAGGGUUUAAGUUUACGACGGCAAUACAAAUGUUUUUAAUUUUACGUACGUGAUGAAGGGAAGUAAUAUAUUCUCCAUACGGUUAACGAUGGAAACGAGGGCGACCGAACUGGUUUUCCACCAUCUACUUCCUGAUGUCCUGAUGGACUUGUGUUGGAGCUAGUGAUGGGGGUCAUACGACUCUUUGCACGGAUCGAUCCGGAGUCGAGUUCGGUCCUAUAGGAAUCGGGUUCGGCCUGUACCUACGGGACGAUCCUGAUUCUUUGGAGCUAGGCAUACGACCCGUACGAUUCCGGAUGGCUCCGACCCGGUAGGUUCGGGUGUCGAUCCGCCCAUCACUAGCAGGAACCAUAAUUAUAGCAAGCAAUUUAGAACAAAUCGAGGUGUGUUUAGGGGACGUGGAGGAUGAUAAAGCCCGAUUGCUCAACGCGUGUGUGUUUGGGGUGAGAGAGCAAAGUGUCCGUACUGCGGCAGGGAAUGGAAAAUGGAUUUUUUUCAGCUUUUUUUUUUCUUAACUUUGUUUUGAUAAUCCUUUCAACAUAUUAGAGCUUGCUUAUCCCCCCCCUCGGAUAAAUCGGACACAUAAUCUAAACAGCCGCAACAACAUAGCUAGCAAAGGGAGGCGAACGAAUGAUAGAACUUGUUGUUUUGUGUAAGGGGUCGUGUGUAUGAAUGUGUGAAUUUCCAGUACAAGUGUAAGUGCGAUCGCGAGUGUGUGUGUGUGUGUGCGUGUGUGUGCUGUUUGUGGAGCGUUUGUAUAUACCAACAUUUGCUGUGCAUAUUAUAGAGAAAGAAGCGGAAGCGCUAAUUAUGCGGAAAGUAAGGUUAUGUUGUAUGGUUAUUAUCCCUACUAAAAAAAAAUGGAACCGUGUGGGAAUAGGUGUGUGCGUGUGUGUGUGGUAGGUGAAAGAAUUAAAAAAAAAGACAUUAAACAAAGCGCCUCUCAUUGUAGCUUACGAAAGGAAUCGCAUGUCGGGGAUAGGCAACGUGAAACUUGUAUAACCAUUUAUAUAAAUGAGUAUUGCGGUUGCAUAAGUGGUGUGUCGACAUUCUAAUAGAGAAAAACGCGAAACGCCCCCCCAAUAAAUAAACACACUAACAAAAAAGCGGAAGCGAAUGGCGAAUGGAGAGAUGGCAUAACGAAGGAACUUAUUCAUAUAAGCUUUAGAACGCAAAACCGCGAAACAUAGUGCUGGCAAAUACAGUUGUAAGCAGAAUACUAUACAGAAGACAAGUUAACCUAGUAAAAUAUGUGAGGAACAGUUACACACACACACACACAUACUAUUAUAAAUAUCCAUUCACACCACAACAUCACCACCAACCAGCAGUUGAGGAUCAUCAGGAAGCUCAAGAAGUAUUGAUGGAUUGUUGAACGUGUCUCCUUGUUGGUGUUAAUGCGUUUGUGUGUGUGCGUGUACGUUAAGCGCUUGAUCCCCGAUCUUCCGACACAGAGACCCCCAAAACGAACUACUUCCCCCGUUCCUAGUACUCCGCUUGAUGACAUGCUGGACGCCAAUGUGUUCCACUCAUGUGCGUGUGUGUGCGUGUUGAUGCCAUCCUCUUUUUUUAAGAUGAUAACGGAAGAGAUUGUGUGAGCGAAUGAUAUUUGAAAGGUAGAAGAAGCAAAAAGGGAAGCGUGUGUGUGUGUGUGUGUGUGUGUGUGUGGCCACGCCACCGAUCUGCUGUUGUUUUCCGUCCAAAAACGAAUGAGAAUUAAACGAACUAUGUGUGGCGUGAAGUAAACCGGUUAGAAGAGCGCAUGUCUCUCUGUGGCUCCAUCCCAUCCAAAUCUUUCUACUCUUGUGUGUAAGACAUGCUUUUUUGUUUAUUUGGAAAAUAUAUUCAUAAGAGCUAGUAAGUUGGGGUUUUCCUUUCUUUCCUUUCCUCUUUAUGUACUGUGUGAUUUUUUCUUUAAUCGUUUUAUGUUUAAGUUUGAUUUCUUUUAUAAUUUUCUUUUGCCUUUUAACGCUAUUUACAUACCUCAUUUGAUGAGUAACACAUGGGGGGAAAAAAUAAGAAAAGUACUUAAACGACCACCUUAGGCGAAGAAGACCCAGAGAGCGUAGAAGCAAAGAGCAAUAAGAGGGAAGGAAAUAGAAACUUUGAAAUGGCUUUGUUACGAGGUCCCUUCCGUGGUUGUACUAUACAUAUGAAGGAGCUAUAGAGGGGGUGAAGAAGAGAGCAAAAAAAGGAAGUGCGAAAAAAGGUGUAAAAUAGAAUGCAAAACCCUGUCCUACUUAAAAGCAGCAAGAAACAAAAAGCGAGCGCCCGUAACAUAUAUUGUGUAGCUAUAUUAUCGUACUAUUGGGACUAUGCAUUACACCGAGUAACGUGUGUUGUGCAGCGAAAGUUGUACACUAAAGAAGGAGCAAAAGUAGGUAAAAACAUAAGAUAAUAGAUACUUAUCAAGACGAGCGCGCGCUUUUUUUUCCUCUUCCGGUUUUCCCUCCCCUAAUGACAACAACAAUCACAUUAAAAGAUUCCUCCCCGCGAGGCGUGAGCGAGCAAAAUGGAAAAGGACACGGGCAGGCCGGAUCAGAGGGAAAAAUACGACGAUAAAACACAUACAGAACAUGGUGAACAAAUAUAAAUAAAUGUAUGAUACACACUAUUGUAAAA